AUGGCUUCAACGAUGCUCAAGCGAGCCAUCAAUAAGCUCUCAUCAUCCUCCCCAGCUUCUCGGCUAACUCUACUCCGAGCCCACGCCUCCGAAGCCGAAGCCCAGCAGGUCCAGCCCAAAGCCCGCGACACCACCGCUCUAAAGAAGUUCCAAAUCUACCGCUGGAACCCUGACUCUCCGUCAAAGCCCGAACUCAAGGAAUACGAAAUCAACCUCAAGGAGUGCGGGCCUAUGGUUCUCGACGCUCUUAUCAAAAUCAAGAACGAAAUCGAUCCGAGCCUCACUUUCCGUCGAUCCUGCCGCGAAGGGAUCUGUGGCUCCUGCGCGAUGAAUAUUGACGGUUGUAAUGGACUUGCGUGUUUGACGAAGAUUCCCUCGGAGGGUGCGGAUACGACGAUAACGCCGUUGCCGCAUAUGUUUGUGGUGAAGGAUCUUGUGGUUGAUAUGACGAAUUUUUAUAAUCAGUAUAAGAGUAUUGAACCCUGGUUGAAGAGGAAGAAUCCACCGUCGGAGCCUGGGAAGGAAAUUCUUCAGAGUAAGGCGGAUCGGGCUAAGCUUGAUGGAAUGUAUGAGUGUAUUUUGUGUGCAUGCUGUAGCACUUCUUGCCCUAGUUAUUGGUGGAACCCUGAGUCUUAUCUUGGACCCGCUGCUUUGCUUCACGCUAAUAGGUGGAUAAGUGACACCCGUGACGAGUUCACCACAGAAAGAUUGGAAUCCAUUAAUGAUGAAUUCAAGCUCUAUCGCUGCCACACAAUAUUGAACUGUGCUCGUUCCUGUCCAAAGGGUUUGAACCCUGGAAAGCAAAUUGCACAUAUCAAGUCGCUUCAACCAAAAGCAUGA